AGCGAGAGGGGGAGCAAACACACUGAGAGACGAGGAGAGAACAGGGAGCUCAGUAAAUCUCUGGCGGAGAGGGAGGAAACGAGAGGAAUCACAGACUUACACCAGGCUCAGCUGAGGACUUGACGAAUGCUCAUCCGGCCCGGCUUAAGGUUGUCCUCACUCAGUCAGCUGUGAAUGAGCGUCUGAGCAGAAUGGGGAUGGUUUUGGUCCGACAGCCGCCGCGUAGGAUCAGCCCCUCUGUAGAUGAUCAUCACUCCUGUUGGAUUAUUUCACAAGAUGUUAUGAAUGGGAAUGGCAACAGGAGGAGAAGAUGAACCUUGACUCUCUGGAAGGCUCGAUCCAGAACCUGCUGUCGGUCCUGUAUCCACCCUUUGAGGCCACUGCACCCACUCUUCUCAGCCAGCUCUUUAAAAUCAUUGAAAGUCGAUAUCAAGGCGACGCUCUGCGGUGCCUGCUGGACUUCCUGGUCCCAGCAAAGCACAUCUUGGACACUGUGCAGCAGGCUGCAUGUUCUCAGUACUCGGACGGUCUUUUCCUCUGUGAAGGCUGGCCGCUGUGUUUGCGUGACCAAGUCGUCAUCCACUUUGCUCCCAUCGACCCACUGCAACUCCAGCCCGGUGACUUUUACCUCCAAGUGGCACCGUUCUGCGACCAAUCAGCUCGCAUCGUGGUUUGCAGCCUUUUGGAAGAGGAGGAGCUCCGAGUGGAAGUAGUGGAGGAAACCCCAAUCCCCGAAACCUCAUACCCGUGUAUAUUCAGCCGUGACUGGUUGGAGGAGAUCAACCAGGGUCGCCAUGGGACCCCCCUCAGCCGAUGCCUGCUCGCCACUGAGCAGGGCGUGGUGAGGUUACCAUGGGAACGGGUGGCCGUGCCUGAUUUUGUGGAUGUGCCGGAGCGUUUUGGGAGUAGUAUGGCCUCUACUCCCUCUUCAUAUCCACCUCUACCACCUCCACUUCCUCUUCCUCAUUUUCCUGAGACUUCUUCAUCAAAACACCCACUUCCUCUCUCAUCUUCAAAGGAAUCUGCACAACCUCAAACUAAUUCUGUCAAAAAAUCUUCACAUGCACCUUCCUUUUCUGUGGAGACAAGGAUUUGUCCGGCAAAGCACGGCAUCGCUGUGUCACUUUGUUUGGUCGAUACUAGCACUGCUUCUUCAUCCAGGGUGUUUAAAUUAAAAGAGCCUGAAGCAGAGUCCAAGCCCAUAGGCUGGGUUUCUCCAAAUACAUGGGACAGCCGCUGUACUGGGCCGGAUACGAAUGCAGAGACUAAAACGAGUAGUAAGGGUGGAGAUCCGAUUGUUGAUGAAAAUAUAGAAGAUAAACACAAAGAUACAAGCAGAGGUCAACAAACAGACCAAAAUAAUAGUACAAGGUGUGCAGAAGGAGAAUAUAUUGAUAUACAGCAGGCAACUAUGCUUUUUGGGAGAGCGCAGUCAGCAUCUGGAGGUCAACAGAAACUAGAAAUGCAACCACACACACAAACCGAAGCACAAAUGCAAAGAGUUCCACAAAGGCAAUUACAAAUGCAACCUCAUGCAUAUAUGGAGUCGUACAUGCAAACACAAGGACAGGUAUGCACACAGAUACCACCUCAGACACAUGCACAGUUACUUACAAAACCACCAACACACAGUCCUGUAUUAUUGAAGCCUAACACAUCAGGGGAAACAGGACCUCCACCUGCCCUCCAGCAUUCCCAGCCUCAUCUUCAGGACUCCACUGAUGCGUCUCCAUGCGUCCGAACUCUCCGGUUCUCAGAGAAACCCUGUACCCCAUGCAUGAAGAGGAAACAAGGCGGGAAGUUUUCCAGAGCUCAGGAGUUGAGGUGUCGCUACAGAGACUCGUACCAGGCUGCGAUCCAGAACCCUGUCGCUUUUGGACAGGAGAAAGACAGGGGGAAAAUGUUGGCGGUUUUGGAGGAGGAUGGUGAUUUUUCACAGUGUGAGGGCAAGAACUGGCAAACAGAGACCGAUACAGGAGAGCCGUGGUGUCACAUCCAAGAAACGUGGAUUCAAAACCAGCCUGAUUCCUCUGUUAGUGGCGCAAUCUGUAAGGAGUCAGGGGAAAUAAACACUGUUCCAUAUUGGAAACCAGGAGACCCUGCUGCCUGUAUGGAUUACAGAGCUACUAGUUCUCAGAUAACUGAAAGGACCACUGUGCCACUUAGGGAACCAAGGGACACACACUCCGCCAGACCACAUGGCAAUUUACAUGUAAACGGGACAAGUUCACCAGCAGGAGUGAGAGCAAAUGCACUGUUUAGCUCAAACGAAUCUAAACAGUCAGAUGUGGUCCCCACCAAGCCUUAUGGAUUACCGUUUUGUUCAGGUGAAAUUUCAGGGAUGAACAUGAACACCGCCAAAGCUUGUGAACAGCUACAAAACAGAACCAACUCUUUCAGGCUUCAUUCAGUUGUGUCUCCUGCAUCUCCACUCAGCAGAAGGGAAUCGGUUUUGUCAGAUGGAAGGUGUUCCUCUCUUUCCACAGCAGUGGUGGACACCUCAGAGAAGUGUGAUGUGGUUAUAGUUGAAGGUCAGAGGGUUAGGAGAAGAGAAACCAUGGACUCCUGUGCAGAGAUUCCUCAGCUGCAUGUGGUUAAGUGUAAAAACAGCACAGCCUUCGGACUGGUUUCCCCAAAGAUCAACAGGAGGAAGUUGGUCAUUCCAGAUGUUGCUCAAACUGGUAGUAGAAAUGGACAUCAGAUGGAGAACCAGCCUCAGUCUGAUCAACCUCCAGCAGUAGUGAUGCAGAAGAACCCUCCAUCUGCCCGUCCCAGACCAGACCACCUCCCCCUGGGUUCCCCAGACCCCAGAGCCCACCCCCUCUAUCAAGGAGUAACAUCACUCACAGGAGGCAGAGACAGAACAGGCAGAGCAAUAGUUGAGCUCUAUGGAGACCACGAGGGAUGGAGAUCAACGAUAACAAGCCAGGAGCUGUUUAAAGUGCUGCUGUACUUCUACUCCAUCACCAGAAGAGAAAUCAGAGAAGCCGGACUGACACUGAUCUUUGAUGCAAGAAAGACAAAUCCUCAACCACAGCUCUAUAAAGCCUUAAUGUCGCUUCAAGAGCAGACUCCCCAGGCCGUGAACAGUUUGGUGCUUCUGGUGGAUAAAGAGAACAGCCAUCGGCCAGAGAGGUGUCCAGGGAUCCAGACUGAGGUGUUGACUUCAAUGAAAGCCCUGUUGAAGCUGGUGGAGGUGGGUCAGCUGAGCUCCCACCUGGAUGGGACUCUGUGUCCGAGCCUCUGCGACUGGAUGGAGCUGAACCAGAAACUUUACCCAUUUGUGUCUGAUCUUUAUGAGGCGUCCAGUCUGUUACUUCGAGCCAUCAGUAGGUUAGAGGAACCUGUGAGGACGGACACUGUUCAGACUGUGCAGCAGUGCAUUAUGGACCAGAGGACUUUGAUGAGGGAUGUUCUGGAAGACAUCCGAUUGGUCAGCCUGCAGAGGGAGGGCGGGGCCAUGUUGGCUCGACUGAGAAAGGAGAGCGACCUCAAAUAUCCCCACAGUGAAGACCUGAGUGAUGCGGUGGACUCAGUCACCAGCCUUUAUAACCAUGUGGAGGAACAGACUCAUGUCUUGGUGCAGAGAUCCAACAUGUCACUGGAACAUCUGGAUUAUCUGCUGCAACUCAGAGAAAUUGAAGGACACUUUUCACAGAUGCAGCAGUGGUUUAAUGUAGAAGGGGAGCGCCACCUGCUGGAGGCCGAGUUGGUGGAGGACUCUGGAGACCGGAUGGAGCAGAUCCUCAACAGCUUCACUCGUUUUCUUAUUGAAGCCAAUGACCGGAGACAUCACGCCAUGUCGUUAGUGUCUGAGGCAGAGCAGCUCCAGCAGAGUGGACCGUCCUACCCGGAGACCGAGACCUUCAGGACUUUGGUCAACUCCUUCAAGUCCGGUCUGGAGGACUUCCUGUGCAGGGCAGAGGCGUGUGGCAGAGAACUGCAGACCAUGGUCAAUGUGUGCGAUUUCUGUGAACAGGCUUCAGCUCUGGCCAGUGAAUGCCAAGACUACCUGGAGCAGAGUCAGCAUCGGACUCCCACAAACCAAGACCAAUUCCAUGACCAAAAUCCUGCACCUGUGGAUCAAGCAAACACUCAACACCAAAACCCAGACCCUGUUCAGACCUCCACCUCCAGUAACCACGCCAUCCUCCAGUCUUUCCAGGACAAGUUCAUCCAGUUCAGCCCAGAAAGGUUUCAGGAGGUGAAGACCCAGGCCAGCACCCUGCAAGGCUCCAGGGGGAUGCGGGUCUGGAACGUGGCCUGGCUCAGAUGCCAGGAGGUCCGGCAGCAGCUUCAGGAGAGGCUUCAGGACGCUGAGGAGAUUUACCACCAGGAAGCACGGUCCAGCAGCUGCUGUGAACAUCAUUAUAUAGACGUGGUGAGCACUAAUAUUCAAACGGUGACACCCGGUGGCCAGACACUGGUGGUUCAGUCGACGCCCGGGCCUCGACACCCACAGUGGGAGGGGAUCGUGUCUGGAGCGGUGGAUUUAGGCAACAGACGACCGACGUUUGGCGCCACCAACUCAACAACUGUGGCCUGCUGCAACAUCAUCGUAAAACCUGAUGAUCACAGUGAUCCUGGAAACAUUCAGGGGUCAGAGGUCCCACCACAGUCACCUCACAGGUCAGUUAAAAAAACGGACAGGGAAACCAGAAGGAGGCAGGCGGCUCGAGCGAGGAGCGAGCGAGAUGCCGCCGCUCUAUCUCAGUCCCAUACUGUCGGCUGCCAGUGGUUUCCAUGGGGGCGAGGUCUGGGGGCCAGGUCGGCGAGCCAGGACUCGUGCACCACCGGGGCAGCGACGGCGGGGUCAUCCACCCCUCCAGAGGAGCGGGUUCGAUCCCCGUCGUCCUGCUCACACCACGGCCAGCCUUCCUGCCGGAUCCUCCAGGAAGCUCAGAAGUUCCAGAUUUCCCGCCAUGGGAGUUUCUGCUCUGAGGAGUCCUGUAUGAGUGACCGGGGGGCGGCGGGGGGAAAUGGCGCUCUGUGCUGUAAACACUCCAGCCUGCCCGUCAGGAGAUAUGAUGAGGCGUUUUGUCCACAGGAAAGUGCCAGCAGUGCCUUGAGGCUGCAGCGAGUCCUGGAGGAGCUGGUCAUCACCGAGCGGGAGUACGUACGCUCACUGGGAUACAUCCUGACCCACUACCUCCCCCUGCUGGACAGACCAGACAUCCCCCAGGACCUCCGGGGAAAGCGUGGCAUCAUCUUCGGGAACCUGGAGAAGCUGUACGACUUCCACAGCCACUACUUCCUGCCAGAGCUGGAGGCGUGUCAGAGGGAGCCCGCCAUGGUCGCCCGCUGCUUCCUCAGACACAGUGAAAGUUUUGGCCUGUAUGCUCUGUACAGCAAGAACAAACCUAAAUCAGACAUUCUGAUCCUGCACCGACGCCAUGACAUCUUCAAGAAAAAGCAGCAGGAGCUCGGGGACCUGAUGGACCUGUCGUCGUACCUGCUCAGACCCAUCCAGAGGAUCAGUAAAUACAGCCUCCUGCUCCAGGACAUGCUGUCUCUGGUCGGCUCAUACAGACCAAAAGACAUGAUCCAAGAUACACUCCUGGCUUCUAGUGUGUGUGCACAGAGUGUGUGUGGGCCCGGUGUGUAUCUGCCUGAUUAUACCAGCACUGAGAGGGAGCGUGAGAAGGCGGAGAUCCAGGCGGCCGCAGACCUGGUGCGGUUUCAGAUGCGUCACGGUAACGACCUGCUCACCAUGGACGCCAUCAGGGACUGUGACGUGAAUCUUAAAGAACAGGGCCAGCUGAUUCGCCAGGAUGAGUUCACCGUUAUCUUCAGGAAGAAAAAAUGUGUCCGCCGCAUAUUCCUGUUUGAAGAGCUCAUCCUCUUCAGCAAAACCAAGAAAACGGAUAUUGGCAAUGACGUCUAUGUCUACAAACAGUCCUUCAAGACCAGUGACAUCGGUAUGACCCAUAACUCUGGUGUCAGCGGUCUGUGUUUUGAGAUCUGGUUCCGCAGGAGGAAAAGUGAGGACACCUACACACUGAGGGCGUCCAGCAUGGAAGUGAAGAAAGCCUGGACCGCCGACCUGGAGAAGAUACUGUGGGAUCAGGCCACUCACAGUAGAGAGAUGCGUUUGCAGGAGAGGGUGUUCAUGGGAAUGGGUCGUAAACCGUUCAUGGACAUUCAACCCAGUGAAGCCGCCAUCUGUGACCGGGCUGUUAACUGCAUCCUGCCUGGUAGAAUCCCUGUGGCGUGUUGUUCACACAGGGGUCUAGAAUAUCCUCGACCUCACUCCAUCGGCUCCGGCUCCACGGCCUCCACCACCAUCAGCCAGUCGUCAUCCUCCUCCGGCCGGGGCUCGCUGCCCCCUGCUGGUUACCCCGGUAACCAGUCACAGGGGGUGGAGACCAGUGCAGCUGUGAGCUCCUCCCCAGAGGCUGUGACCGACAAUGAGCUCAACAACCACCAUCUUCAUCAGCAUCAUCUUCACCGCAAUUGUGAGCGGUGGAAAACAGUCCAUCAUCCUCUGAUCGACAGCACUGAAUCAUCUGGAGACUGCCUCACCGUCUUUGGCUCAGAUCAGAGCUGUUUGUCUGCCAUUGGUGGCGACGUGGUGGACUCCUCCUCCUCAUUCGUCUCCGGACGUCUGUCAAUUUGUCAAACGCCAAGCCUGAGGAUAAACAGCUCCCCGGCCGUCAACAGGAAGAAACCUGGUAUCGCCCCCAAACCUCAGAGUCUGCCUAGUACUCAGGGAGAUAACAUUAUCAUCGGAAAAUCAACAGAAGUUUAACCCUGGAUUCUUGACUUAAGGAGCUGUUCAGUCUGAGUUCUUCUGUUCAUCUGCAGACAACAGCAACCUGAUUACUGCCUUCUUUGGUUUGAUUUUUAAAUUUUAUUUGAUUUUAUUUCGCGUGUGUGUGCGUGUGUCAGUAUCACACUUUCCUACCCUUAAAAGCUCCAUUCAUUAUGGACUGAUGAGAUCCAUGUAAAGACAGGAAAAGACUGUAACAGACAGAGACGCUGAUGGGUCAUGUGAUCAACAGAGUCCUCAUGGAGCUACGAAAGUCCUCUUAUUUUAUUCAUUUGUUUUAUAACAAAGAAAGAGCAGUGGAAGAACUUUUUUUUUGCAGUGAAACAUGAAUCCACAAAUGUGUGAUGCUUCCAGCUGAAUAUUCAUCUUCACCUGCAGCUCGACUUCAGACUGAACUGAUCAGGAUGCGAUCAAUAAGGACAAUUUGACACCCUGAACAACAGCAGCUUGAAAGCAGAAUAAUUCAUUUAGACGGUUCAGAAAUGUCACCAACAUACUUAUUUUCUUAAAAAAGCACCUGAUUGUGUUGCGUUUCCUUUUCCUGUCAGUUGUUGACCUACAUGAUGUGAGUUAAUGACUUUUCUGUGGUUUAUUUACAUUCACUAAAAACCAUGUGUCAUUCAAUAACCUACACAUUGUCAUUCCAUACUCAUCACAUGCUGAUUCUUGGCUAAGACGUCACAUUUCAACACAAAGGGUAUCCUUAGAAGCAUAAUCUCCCAGGAUGUGAGCCCAAAACACAUCUAGAUAAUGCAGUAGUUACAGUCUGGCUUUGUUUAGGCAUAAAAAUAACUUGAUUAAGGCUAGAAAAGGAGUUUAGGGCAUAGGUUGGCAACCUUUCCAAUCUAAAGAGCCAUUUUAGGACAGAAAU